AUGGACACCAGGAUGAUGAAGCUGUCAGUGUUGCUGCUGCUGGCUCUACCCGCUCUCUCCUCAGCGCUCACUCCUCUGGACACAGGGAACAACAAAGAGCAGAGAAAUGUGUCCUUCAUGAACUCAGAUCCCAUUGACAGUCCUGAAAUCGACACUAACAGAUUAAUGCUAAUUGAUUUACCUCAUCUGACUGUUACUAAGUUAAGGCAGAAGAGGCAGGUCCAGUCUGCAGGCAUGGUGUCUGUUGAUGGCUCGAACCUGGAGUGGGUGACCUGGAACAGCUCUCUCCCAAACUAUGCUGUUUCAAUUUACAAUAGGGACUUUGAUCGUACAGAUUACGUAUGCAAAUACAAAUGUGAGGCUGGCUUUUAUUCCCCAAGCACGGGUCCUUAUUGCCGCUAUACAAACGCAAAAAAAGUAGAUUCUGGUUCGCCCUUUGCACUCCUGGUGAACAAUAACAACUUUGAGAUCCUGGAGUGGAAGGAGGAUUCACGUGGUUCAGUGCCCAAGAGUUCAGUCAAAACCUGCCCCGGGGGAGACAUUUACGUAGGGAUGAACAAAUAUGGACUUGGUAAGGUUGCUACUAAAGAUAAGGUCUUCUACCUACCUUGGAAAGGUUCAGUAUAUACGUACAGUGAUUACCAGGUCCUGACCAUUGAUGAGGAUAUAAUCAGCCAAGAGAUCUACGACGUCAGGUACCACAAGAAUGAGUCUAUAAUACUCAAGUAUCCUCCAGAGAUCAUUUGGAAAACAUCCAUCAGCAACAGUGAAUGCCGCUCAGUGGUCAAACAAGAUACCCUCUCCCAGACAUAUGAGGUGGUACAUAGGUGGGACCAUGCAAUCGCGGUUAAAGCUGGUGUCAAAACGAGCAUCAAAGUCGGCAUCCCCUUCAUUGUUGAAUCAGAUAUUGAGAUCAGUUCCGAAGUAGUGUACCAGCAGACCUGGGGAAACACGGUGACAGAAACCAUCACUGAUACUAUUAAUCUGGAGAUCACAGCCCCGCCCAACCAUUCCUGCACUGUUAACAUAGUGCGCUAUAAGACCAAAGUUGACAUCUCAUUCACAGCACUCCUCAGUCGCACCUAUGCUAACGGAGAGAUCCACACGACGUCCACCACUGGGGCGUAUGACAGCGUUCAGGUUGUUGAAUUGCGGGCCGUGGUUGACCGGUGUGACCCUUUGGAGAACACCGAGCCUUGCUCAUGAAAUGCAAUGAAAUAGAACUGUUUGGUGACAUGCAUGUUCAAUGUGUUUUUACUGCACCAAGUUUUGAUAAUAUCUGCUGUAUCUAUUCUAUCGAUUUCAUCUAAAACACUUAUUCUACGACACUUUGGAUGAAAGCCAAAUGAAUGUAAUCCAAUGAAUACGCCUUAUUAAAAUGUUUCAUACAUGAAAAACAA